AUAUCAUAUUUCUACAAGAGGGUUACAGAAAUGGAAAUAACCGUUAUAAUUACUUACGAGGAAAAUAUUAUGACAAAUCAGUAUUACGACACAAUAGAUAAUAAUUUCAGUUGCUAUUUUAGUCAUCGCUGAGUAUAUAAGUAAAGGAUAAAGAAUUGAUUUAUUAAAACACUUAAAAGUGUUCGCUUGAUCGGCCAUUGUCAUACAUGUCUUUGUGACGAGAAAGAGGCUGUGUUCUUUACAACAUGGCUGACUGGGAAUGUUCGUCUUGUACCUGGUUAAAUAAAGCAGAAGUCGAUAUAUGUCCUAAGUGUCACUUCAGAAAUCCUAAUGCAGUAUUAACUUAUCCUGAUAAUAAUGGCAUGGACCAAAAUGGCGCUAGCUCGGAACUUAAUUAUCCAGGAUCAGAUCCGACUUCAGACAAAGAUUGGACAUGCAGUGAUUGUACCUUUCACAAUUCUGUAUCAACAGCAUGUGAAAUGUGUGAAAUUUCAAAAUCAGAGUCGAUACGGAAAUCCCAGACACCAGUGCUGACACCAUCAAAACCUCCAGUACAAAACAUGUCAACGGGUUAUGCCACAGCAAGUCGAUCUGUGAGUCGAAGUGACAUAGAAACGGAUUGUGCCGAAGAUGGUGGAGAAGUACGAAUGGUGCUAGUUGGUCGAACCGGAAGCGGAAAGAGUGCCACUGGUAACACAAUUCUAGGAGAAAGCAAGUUUAUAGCAAUGGUCUCCGGAUCAUCAGUGACUGUCAAUUGUAGCCGGGGAGAAAGUUAUCAUGGAAAUAGACUUCUUUUAGUCGCUGACACACCAGGGUUAUUUGAUACAAACCAUUUAAAUUUUGAAGUCACGCGCGAGAUAUCAAAAUGUGUUGGUAUGACGUCACCUGGCCCUCACGCUGUUCUACUCGUAAUCGCAAUCGGACGAUAUACUAAAGAAGAACAGGAUACAGUCCAACAUUUUAUACAACAUUUUGGGAAGGACGUCAUCAGGUAUAUGAUGAUAGUUUUUACCGGUGAAGAUAGGUUAAAACAAGAACAGAAGACCAUAGAAGAAUUUCUACAAACUGCUCCAUCUGAACUAAAAGAGCUUGUACACAAAUGUGAGAACAGAUAUAUUUGUGUUAACAACAUUGCUGACGAAUCUGAAAAGAAGAAUAAAGUUAAUGAACUUAUUGCAAAAAUAGACGACAUGGUGGAGAAAAAUGGCGGAGUAUGUUAUACUAAUGAGAUGUAUGCUGCUGCCGAAGAUGUAUUGGCAAGACGCAUGGAACAAAUUAGGGCAGAAUUCGAACAAAACCAAGAACGCGAGAGACGUAAACUACAUAACGAUUUUGACCAAGAUAUUCAUGCUCUGACCAAUGAAAGAUCUAAACUAGAAGAUAGAAUGGCAAGAAUGCAUUGGGAAAAAGAUUACUCCGAGAAAGAGAAACAAACUUUACAGAUGGAAAUGGUACGAAUUCAGCAACAAAAGGAGAUCAGUCAAGGAGAAAUGGACGAGGGUGAGAACCGACAAUUAUCUGAAAGAAUCGCAGCACUGCGCAGGCGUGAAGUUCUUCUUAAUCAGCAGCUACAACAAAAAGAACGUCAACGACUAUUGAUGCUUUCCGAUUUAGAAAGAGCCAACCACGGAAUCAAACAAAAACGAAAAGAAAAGGGGAGAGGAUCAUCCAUGGGUUCUUAUCCAAGAGGACAUCUUGAUGAAAAAACUGCAAGACAAAAGGCACGCGAUGACGUCGAAAACAAAUCCCCAAACAUUUUUGCAGAACUUUUGGAUUCACUAAAAAACGUUGGAAAAACAUUCCUCAGUAAGGCUAUCAAUUUUUUUAGCAAUUUGAUUUGAAGUCGCAUUUUCUGUUAUGUGUACAUUUUUGG